AUGCAAGAUCAUAGAGAUGGGGAAUGCCGGGAGAAGAAUUGGAAAUUGAGUGAUGGAGUAGUUGACAGGAGUGUAGAGCGGGGAAGAAGGAGAGGAGUAGUAUUUACAGGGAAGGAAGGGGAGAAAAGAAGACGAAAGAAACGAGGAAAGAAGUGGCGGGAGAUAGCAAGAAAUUGGGAGGAAAUGGUUUAUAGAAAGGGAAUGAGGGAAGGAAAGGGCGGGGUAUUGAGGGCAGGAAUAGUGUUGAUAGCAGGGUUUUCGGCGGUGAUGCUUGGGAUGAUGAGUUAUUCAUUUAUAUAUUUACAAAGAGACAAGUCGGCGUGUAUAGUGCCCGCGAUGUAUCCAUCGUAUAUGAGGUUAAUUGAAUUUGACAAAAGAUACACGAAACAUGCGGACAAGUAUAAUCUUUAUUUGUACCGGGAGAAAAAAUUGGGGAAUUUGCAUGAUCUUUAUGGGAUUCCGGUUCUUUUUAUACCAGGGAAUGCAGGGAGUUACAAGCAGGUGCGGAGUAUUGCGUCGGAAGCAGCAAACCAGUAUUCUAUGUUACAAUUGGACCCGGUGUUGAGUAAGCAAUAUAGAAAGAAUCUGGAUUUUUUUGCAGUGGAUUUUAACAAUGAUUUUACGGCAUUUCAUGGGCAAACGCUGCUUGAUCAAGUGGAUUAUUCCAACGAAGCAGUGAAAUAUAUUUUAUCGUUGUAUAAAAAAGUAAAAAAGGUGGAAAAUGUAUCAUCAGAGCCGUAUAUUCCGAAUUCAGUGAUUGUGAUUGGCCAUUCAAUGGGAGGUAUAGUGGUUCGGGUGAUGAUGACAAUGCCGAAUUAUCUUUCGGGGUCGAUAAAUACGAUUAUUACGCUUUCCACGCCUCACUUGUUACCUCCCAUUCUUUUUGAUCGAAAAAUGAAGGAUAUUUAUGAUUCGGUUAAUAAGUUUUGGUCGUAUUCGUAUUUUUAUAAAAAUGAAUCGAAUCCCUUGAACUCGGUUAGUCUUGUAUCUAUUACCGGCGGAAAUUUGGACAUUAUGGUGUCGUCUGAUUAUUGUGACGUGUCUUCUUUGGUACCUAAAUCACAUGGAUUUACGGUAUUUUCUUCGUCAAUUCCUAUGGUAUGGACCGGGAUGGAUCAUCAAGCAAUAUUGUGGUGUGAUCAGUUGCGUAAAGUUAUUGUUAAAUCAUUAUUUGACAUCAUCGAUUCUAAAUCUGUCAAUCAAACCAAACCAUUAUCUUCUCGUAUUCGUAUUUUCAAAAAAUAUUACCUUAUGUCUAUUGAAGAUUCUGUUGAGAACAAGUUUUUGAAAGCUUCAUUGAUUAGUCCAUUUUUAAGAAGAAAAGCCGUAUAUGAUAUUUUUCCAUCAAAGAGCCGUUAUGUUUUAAAAUCCUUCGAAGCAAAAUCAUCCGGCUGCCAACGUAUAUAUUUCUUGCCUAUUUCUCCAAGAAAUAUAUUUAACUUCACUACCUUUUCAUUAUUUACCGAUCAAAGAGUUACAGGAACGGAUAAAGAUCAAAUAAAGAUAUUUUUGUGUAAACUUCAUCCGUCAUUUAUGACUAAAAAUUCUGACUUCAGAUUUUAUCAAAAUUUGACAAAAAGUGAUCUCAAAAUGCUAAAAUGCAAAGAUUCUAAGGACGAUCUCAUCCGCUUACCUUCACAGAGUAAUAUAAAAAAAAUUCAGACAUAUUUUUUCACGUAUCUUGAAUAUACAAACAGUCAACUUGAUGACUACCAAUUUAUUGCGGUAGUGGAUAGAAUAAAUAAGAAUCGAAAAGGUUUUUUAAUAGCUGAAUUUUUUAAUAAAAAUGUAAUACAAGUUCAGUCUAAAAUUAGACCCAUAAAAUUUUCAUGGAAUGCGUUUCGCGUAACUUUGGGUGCUAAUAGGCCUUUGGUUUCAGACAUUAAUAUUCCUGGGAUUGAUAAUAGUCUCUUUGCGUACAAGUUAAAAAUGAAUUACUUUGGUUGUGAUCAUUCAUUUUUCCCUCCAGUUAUAAAACAGUAUAUAUCUAGUCCAUAUGAAUCUAAAUAUUUUGUAAAUAUGACAAAAAUCGAUGUUAAUUUUCAUGGAACUGCUCCAUUUUUACCUCCUAUUAUGGAGAAUGGCGUAAAACGUGGACUAACAAUACGAUUUUGGCUAGAUCCUACUUGUACUAAACCUGUCGAUAUUUCAGUAUCUCUUGAUUUUUACGGUAGUCUUGGAAAACUUGCUAUCAAAUUCUGGACGGCUUUAAUAAUAUUUACAUAUGUUAUAACAUUGUUAUCUUUAAGAAAACAGUUUAAAAUUUAUAAUAAUUAUGGUGUUUUUAUUAACUUUAAUAAAGCAUUAGAGUUUUUUAUGCGAGAUACCUUUUUAUCAUUAUCUAUAAUAGCAUCAUUUUUAUUUGUUUUUUUGUCCUUAUUUCAGUUUCCUAAAACAAUAGAUAUGGAUGAUUUGUUCAAUCCGAAAUUAAGAGAAAAAUUAUGGGUUAAAGAUACAUGGAAGUUAUGGAAUAACAAUAAUAUAUUCUUUGGAUACAGAGAUUCUUUUUUCUGGUUUUUAGGGCCUCUUUUCAUUACUAUUUCUUUAGGAUUUGCAUUUAUAUUUGCACAAGUAACAUAUUUUAUUGUUUCUUUUGCAGCGAUUGGGUACAAUUUAUUACGAAAACAUUAUAUUAAACUCAUUAAUAGAAGACGAUUCCUUUAUUCUUUUUGUUUUUCUGGUUUGAAACUUAAACAAAGAAUAAUAGCGAUUAUACUAUUAUUAUUCCUUGUAGCCAUUAUGGUUCCUUAUCAACUUGCAUAUCUUUUUGCAUGUGUUAUACAGUUUUUUACAUGUGUUAAGGCAUUAAUUAGCACGCAGAAAAGGGAUUUUGAAAAAGCUUUUUAUUAUCAGAAUUUUUAUAAUUAUGUGCAUUCCAUUUUAAUAUUAAUGCUGUUACUUUUACCCAUCAAUGUUCCAAUCUUGAUUGUAUGGUUAAGGAAGAUGUCGAUAAAUUGGCUAUUACCGUUUUCAUCACAUCAUAACAUUUUUUCUAUUUUGCCUAUUCUUAUUCUUGUUGAAUUUUUGGCUAAUAAGAAAAUGAUUAUGCAAGCAGAAUCAGGCGCAGGGAAAGUGCUUGAUGUUCUUUUUUUGGUUUUUUCUGUUUUUUUGACUAUUUAUGGACUCUAUUACACAUAUUUUGUGCAUCAUUUGAUUAAUUUUUUAUCAUUCUUUCUUAUAAUUUUUCAUUUAACACCUUCUUUACCUUCUUUUCGGUAUUUUAUAGAUGAUUUUUUUACUAAACAAAAAACUUCAUUUUAUUGUUAG